AUGGGUUGGGAUGGAGGAAUGGAGUCCAAUGGCACGGAGGGCCAGAACUUCUACAUCCCCAUGUCCAACAGGACUGGGCUUGUGAGAAGUCCAUUUGAAUACCCUCAAUUCUACAUGGUAGACUCAAUCAUGUACAAGGUUCUAGCUUUCUACAUGUUCUUCCUGAUCUGCACUGGAACUCCCAUCAACGGCCUGACGCUGUUUGUAACAUUUACAAACAAAAAGCUUCAGCAGCCUCUCAACUUCAUCCUGGUGAACCUGGCUGUGGCUGGACUCAUCAUGUGCUGCUUUGGAUUCACCAUUACCAUCACAUCUUCUUUUUUUGGCUACUUCGUCCUAGGACCCACCUUCUGCGCUAUUGAGGGAUUCAUGGCAACACUUGGAGGUCAGGUUGCUCUCUGGUCCCUGGUUGUCCUGGCUGUUGAGAGAUACAUUGUUGUCUGCAAACCCAUGGGAAGCUUCAAAUUCACUGGAACUCAUGCUGGAAUAGGAGUCCUUUUCACCUGGGUAAUGGCUCUUGCUUGUGCUGUUCCUCCACUUUUCGGCUGGUCCAGGUACAUUCCUGAAGGCAUGCAGUGCUCCUGCGGACCUGACUACUACACUCUGGCUCCAGGAUUCAACAAUGAAUCAUACGUCAUGUACAUGUUCAGCUGUCACUUCUGUGUACCUGUCUUCCUCAUUUUCUUUACUUAUGGAAGCCUUGUGAUGACAGUCAAAGCUGCAGCAGCCCAGCAGCAGGAUUCAGCGUCUACCCAGAAAGCUGAGAAGGAAGUAACACGUAUGUGUGUCUUGAUGGUCUUUGGCUUCUUGGUCGCUUGGGUUCCAUAUGCUUCCUUUGCUGCUUGGAUCUUUAUGAACAAAGGAGCUGCCUUCACUGCCCUGACUGCUUCCAUCCCUGCUUUCUUUGCCAAGAGCUCAGCACUGUACAACGCUGUCAUCUAUGUGCUGUUGAACAAACAGUUCCGUAACUGCAUGCUGAGCACUAUUGGCAUGGGUGGUGCUGUGGAUGAUGAGACCUCAGUUUCAACAAGCAAGACAGAGGUCUCCACUGCUGCUUAA